UGCACAUGCAAGGACGCCCUGGCCAGUGAAUCUUUUUUUUUUCUGUGUUGCAGAGCAACGAUGUUUUGCAUGCCCUGUUUCUUGCUACCAGUAGCCAGUGUACAAGCACACAGUCUGCUUUCGCGUAAUUUGAUAUUAGAGUACAGAUGGUUUGAACUCGUCGUGAUGCUGACGCAUCAUUUUUACUGCUGGCUGGUAUCGCUUUCAUGCUUUCAGCUUUAUCUAAAGUACUUCGUACAGCUAUAACGGCAUUUCGUACAUGUCUGGUCCUCAGAAACAUUUCCGUUUUUGCAUUUGUUUGUAGCUGGACGGUACAGUAUGUAGUCUGAGUCUGAUGUCUGAUCCCUGUCUCCCCAGUUUUCGCUGCAAGAUCAUUCCUUCUGCUGCGUUGCACGAAUGGGCGACCAACAGGGAGGUAGGCAACCAAGCUAGCACUUCUGCAUUGUAGGCAACGUCCCGUUCCUAUACAACACUAUAGCUGUUGCACAAAGUUAGACUUUUUGAGCUAUAUUUUAAUUCAGAAAAUAAACAACUGUUGAUAAUAGAAGGUGUAUGCCCUGUUCCUAUGCAACACCACAGCUGCCACACAUGGACGUCACUGUAGCAGAAACCUUCCGCUGAGCUCUGGAGCGGAAGAAGAGAGAAAUGUGCACAGAGCAAGCCCGGAGUGUCAGGACGCCAAAACAGUUUCCAUGGCACUGCUCAUGAAUCAGACCACCCCAAUCCAUUCGUGCCAUCGCUGUCGUCACGACUCACGAGCGAGCGUGAUCGCGUCUAACGGCCCGAAUCAUCAAGCGCUGGCAGUCACGGGAGAAAUAAAAACUCGCCCGCCCAUCCGGCAGGCCGUCAGUCCGGCUGCCAGGCGCGCCAGCGCGGUGGACCAGCGCGCGGCCGAUGCAGUCAUGCAGACCCCCCGCGUCCGGCAACGUCGCGCGGGCGCGGCACGUGAGAUCCACACCGCACCCGCGCUCCCCAACGGCUAUAUUCGACCCGUCCCCACCAAAACCCCCCGCAUUUAAAUCCGCCGCGAUCUCCCGCCGCUCUCCCCCCCGCAUCCCAUGCCCACCACCACUCGACCAAGGCACCCAGCCCUCCUUCCCUCAGCGCUUGCCGGCCGACGCACUGCUUGGUGCCUGUCUGCCUUUCUCCUUCCAUUGACAGCCGUCGAUGGCGACGCCGCCUCAGCAGAAGCAGCAGCCGCAGCAGGUGUCGGUGCAGCACGUGGGCAGGGCGUCCUCGGACGAGCUCCUCCGCAAGUUCGCGGACCCGGACGCGCCCCGCGCCGCCGCCACCCCGCCGCGCCGCAGCCUCAAGCGCUCGUCCCGCCGCGUGGCGUCGGGGCUCUCCGCGCGGGACUCCGACGCGUCGGCGGCCGCGGGCGUCACGGCCGCGGCGCUGGCGGCGCCCAAGCGGCGGCGGAGCAUCGGCGGGUCCACCGGCCUGCUCCUGCCGACCGCGUCCGCGAGGAAGGCCCGGGCACGCCGCGCGCGCGCCGACGACGCCGCGGGCAUCGGCCUCCUCCUGGCCGCGCUGGAGCGGACGUGGAGGAAGACGGUGGCGGGGGCGUCCAAGAUGUUCGUGGAGAGGCACCGGACCAACCACGUCCUGCUCAUCAGCGACAUGGUCUGAGCGCAGACCCUGCUGGCGCUCCCUCUCUCGUCUGCUCGGGUUUGAUCGCUGAGAUGUUGUUUUAUUCGGUUGGAUUCAGCAUUCGUUUUAGAAGCAGGUAGCAGAAUAAAUCGGCUGGCGCCUGGCGGUGCAGUCCAGGUUCCUCGUUCCCUCCCUGCCACUUGCCACUGUGAUUUCCCUUGUGUUUCGUUUGUGAUUUCUUUUUUUUUUGGGUUCUCUCUCUCUCUCUCUCUGGUGGCGAAUCAUUGUGCCAGCGACCACGUUGUAAAUUGAAGUUUGCAAACCACGUUACCAGCGUUGUGCUAAGAAAUGGAUUUACACCAUUCAUCAGUGUGCUGUUUUA